CAAUGCAGAUAUAGGACAUGCAAUAUCAUUUGGAGAAAAAAUACUCCAACUUCAGCCACGACGAAACCAUGUGUAUGUAGUGUUGACAGAUUGUAUCAUCAUCAAUAUAUAUAGGGUGAGCAGAAAUGAAAACUACUCGGAAGAAGCCACCCAUCCUUCGAAAGGGUGGAGAUACCUGGUAACAAUAAUCGAAAGCCCUCCAGAAAGAUUGGGAUGGGUUGAACCAUCAUUGAAAUUUGGCGAAGAAACUGUAAAACUGGUUCGGUCUAUUGGUGUAGGCAGAACUAGUGUUGUGUAUGAAGGAAUAUACAAAGACAUAUCUGUAGCCGUGAAAAUGAUGAAAAGGGCAAAUUAUUUGUCCUGCGUUGAAAGAGAAAGAGCUGUAUUGGAGGAACUUUCGGAGCUGGGUUCACCUCAUAUCCCAAAAAUUCUUUUUUACGAUGAGAAUACUCUUGUCAUGACUCCUCUUGGUGUGAAAGUUAAUAAUUUGCGAAAAACAGAUAUCAAGAAUAUAAUAACCACUCUCAAACAUGUACAUUCAUAUGGAUAUGUGCAUAGGGACCUUCGGAAAUAUAACUUUCUUCGUAAUUUAGAUGAUUCAAAGGAAUCAAUUUUAAUUAUUGACUGGGGUUUUAGCACAAAGAAUCACGAAGACAUCGCAUUUGCAGGAGCACUUGAAUGCAUGCCGGAUGAAGUUCUGGAAUCACUAACUAAUGAGGAAAAUAUUGUUUAUGGACCAAAAGUUGACUUGACAUGUUUUGUGCGAUCAUUCUAUCUGAUGCUACACAGACCAUCAAUGGAAAGAGUUACCUUUGACAAAGAUGAUGACAUCAGGAAACAGGCACAGAUUAUGUUAAAUUUUUGGAAAGAUUGUAGUAAGUCAGACGUGUGGGAUAACAUUUAUCAAGCAGUAGAGGGCUUGGAUUACGACAAAUUAAUUCAAGAACUCGAAAGAUUUUUUUGA